UAUAAAGAUAAAAUCCCUCACAGCCCACAAAAAAAACAAGCUUGCAUCGUCUUGAAGCAAUCACUCUUCUAUUCAUUCUCACACUCUACAUAUACAUACUAACCGCAUUUUUCAUACAAAAUUAUGUUUUGAGAGAGAGAAAGUUCGGAGAUAGGCUACCAUGGAGGCAGCCAUGGCGGAAGCCCUUCUAUGCGGCGAAACUGAAGCUCAGAUUGCGGCGGCAAGAGCGAUUGGGAACCUCAACACAAUGCAGAAGAAGAGAGUAGCUGAAAACGGAGCUAUUUCUCCGUUGAUUAUGAUGCUCCACGCUCAACACUACGAUUCAAUUGAGGCUUCUCUGUUUGCUCUGCUCAAUCUCGCCUUCGGAAGUGAAAGGAAUAAGCUGCUGAUAGCAGAGGCAGGGGCGAUUCCGGCUCUGUUGAAGAUCAUUAAAUGGCGGAACGAGAGCUUGAUGGAGCUGUCGCUCGCGGCGCUGUUGAUUCUCUCUUCCUGCUCUCGGAAUAAGCUCGAGAUCGCGUCGUCGGGGGCGAUUCAGCUCCUCGUCGAGCUUCUGGAUUCUCUCUCCCAAAACGUCGGUGGCAAUCAGGCCAAAUUCGACGUCGUAUCGACAUUGCACAAUCUGUCCACAUCUCCGCAGAUAAUCCCCUUGAUCGUCGCCUGCGGCGGCGCAAUCGUGCUGAUCCGGUUGGUGUACGAGUCGGAUAAGUCGUCGGAUUUGGUGGAGAAGGCGAUGGCCUUGCUCGAAUCGCUCGUUUCUUCAUCGCAGCUUGCUUUAAAUCAGGUGAGUGAGAGGGACGGGGCGAUCGAGAUGGUGGUGGAGGCGGUGGAGGAGGGGACGGCCGUGUGUCGGGAGCAUGCGGCGGGAGUUCUGCUGGCGAUAUGCAAGAGCAGCAGGGAGACGUAUAGAGGGUUGAUUUUGAGGGAAGGGGCGAUGCCGGGGCUGUUGCAGUUGAGCAUCGAUGGUACAUGGCUGGCUCGAAAGAAGGCUAAAGCAUUGCUCUUGUUGCUUAGAGAAGACGACGACAAUGGUUCGUUGUCAGCGUCUUCUUCGAGGGGAAAGCAUUCCAAGAAAGCGGUGUUUAAAGAGGUGAUGAGGAAGAUUGAUAGGGCUGGAACUUCUCUUCAGAUGGUUGAGGAAAUGAUUGCCAAACUUAGGACAUGAUCGAUGUUAGUUUUAGUCGCAUUUCAUGUGUCGUGUUUGGCUCAAAUUAGAAUCUGUAGGUUUAGUUUUUUUGGCUUUUUUUUAGUUACCGUGGAGCAUUGCUUUGUUCGUGUACAGAGAUAAUAGUGGAAUUAUUUUCUUCUCA